UAUAUAAGGAGGAGGUUUGACUUGGCAGAGCUGCCUUCUAACCUGCUGUGUGUUCUCUUGUCUGAGCCAGCUGCUGUGUCUGUGUGCUGUCAGCUAUGACCAUGUCUCUGUCUCUGUCCUCUUCCCGGCUGUCCGGAGGGCUGGGCAUGGGGGGAUUUGGGGGUUCCCGGCUGAGCUUCGGGCUCGGGGGAGGCUCUGGCCUGGGGCUCGGCCUGGGAGGAGGCCUGGGUCUGGGCCUGGGUGGCGGAGCAGGGGCAGGUCUUGGGAUGGGGCUUGGCCUCGGUAUGGGUGGUGGAGGCGGUGCCGGAGCCGGGUUUGCUCUGGGUGGCGGCGGCGGUGCCGGUGGCGCGGGGACUAGUUCUAGCGCAGCUUUCGCCAUGGGCCGCACCAUGGCAUCCGGAGGCCUCAGCGCCGGAGCAGCCCUGGCCGCAGGGUCUGGCGGAGGAGGAGCCGUCGCUCUGCCUGGCGUGAUCUCCCGCGCGGCCGAGAAGCAGACGCUGGCCGGCCUGAACGACCGCUUCUCCGCCUACAUGAGCAAGGUGCGCUCGCUGCAGCAGGAGAACGCCGCCCUGGAGGCCAAGCUCUCCCAGCUGACGGGCGGAGCCGACAUGGGGUCCACCGGCGAGUCCUCCGCCACCUCCUCCGUGGAGUACGAGGCCCAGCUGAGCGAGUACCGCAACACGCUGGAGACCCUCUCCCUCGACACCAUCAAGCUGGAGAUCGAGCUCGACAACGUCCGCGGCGCAGCCCACGAGCUCAAGGCCAAGUACGACUUUGAGCAAGGUGUGAAGUUCCAACUCGAAUCUGACAUUGCUGCCAUGAAAAAGGACAUCGAAAUGGCAUCAGAUCUCCGCAUUGAUUUGGAUGCCAAAUACAACAGUCUGAAGAGUGACCAGGAGUUCAUCUCUAAAACACAGGAGGAGGAGUUGUCUACCCUGCAGACCAAACUUGGUGCCUCUGCCACCGACACCUAUGUGUCCAUGAUCGAGGUGGACACGGGCAAGUCGUUCGACAUUGCCUCCGCCCUCAACAGCAUCAGGAUGGAGUACCAGCAGUCCGUGCAGGCACACAGAGAGGAGGCCGACGCUUACUACAAAAUGAAGAUGGAGGAGAUCCAGACAGAGACAGCCAAGACGUCGGAGGCCGUGUCCUCGGCUAAGGUGGAGAUCACAGGGGCCAGGAAGGAGCUGCAGGCCCUCAGUCUGGAGCUGCAGAGCCUGGUGUCUGUGAACAUGAGCCUGGAGCAGAGCAUCGCGGAGGCGCAGGCCCAGGCCAGUGUGGGGGUGGCGGAGUCCCAGGGCCAGAUCGCCAGCCUCACCUCCGCCAUCGAGGCCGCCAAGGUGGACCUGCAGAAGCAGAUCCUGGCCUACCAGGAGCUGCUGGACAUCAAGCUCGCCCUGGACGUCGAGAUCGCCACAUACCGCAAUCUCCUCGAAGGGGAUGACUUCAAAUUACCGGACUUCACCGAAAGUUCAUCCUACACGUUCACAGAGAGCGCCCUGGUCCACACCAGCAGCACCCCCCAGGACUCCCCCGUCUCCUCCCCCUCCUCCCUCUCCUCCUCCUCAUCCCACCCCAUGGAACGCUCUCAUGGGUUCUCAGGCAAGUCCGUCAGUUUUUAUUUCAGAGACAGGCGCACACUGAGGAAUAUGGCCACAGAUAAGUCAGUGCAGCUUACUGUAGGAUCAGAUGUGUCCUGUCAGAUGUGUACUGCAUUAUGCAUGUUAGCUUCUUAGCUGUUCCGCUAAUCCUGAUCACAUGGU